UACACACAACCCAACCCAAUCUUUAAACCCCAAAAAAAUUAGCGUCAUCGAAGGAAAAAUGAAACUAGUCUGGUCCCCAGAGACAGCAUCAAAAGCAUACAUCGACACAGUACAAUCUUGCAAGCUUUUCCGUGAAUCAGGCGUGGCGGAGCUUGUUUCGGCCAUGGCGGCAGGGUGGAACGCACAGCUCAUCGUGGAGACGUGGUCACAAGGGGGAGUGAUCCCAACCAGCGUGGGUUUAGCCAUAGCGAGGAGGCACACGGGGGGACGGCACGUGUGCAUAGUCCCUGAUGAGAGGUCAAGGUUGGAAUAUGGAGAGAGGAUGAGUGAGGCAGGGAUGUCGCCGGAGAUCGUGGUGGGAGAAGCGGAGGAGGUGAUGGAUGGUUUGGAGGGGAUAGACUUCAUGGUGGUGGAUUCAAGGAGAAAGGAAUUCUACAGAGUGAUGAGGGUGGCCAAGCUGAGUAGCAAGGGUGCGGUGUUGCUCUGCAAGAACGCUAACUCGAGGAAUGCUCCUUUGGGUUUUAAAUGGCGGAGCUUGGUGGAUGAAGAAGGAUCACGUCGUAUUGUUCGUUCGGUGUUUCUUCCGGUAGGGAAGGGAGUUGACAUAGCACACGUCUCCGCCGUAGGGGGUAAUUCGGUUUCAACAACACUCAAGGGUGGUCAUGGUCGUGGUAAGAGAUGGAUUAAUUAUGUUGAUCAACAAUCAGGGGAGGUGCACGUUAUUAGACGAUAACUUCAUGUUUACCUAGAUGGGGACUAAAAGGAGUAAUUAUCGAAAUGUAACAGGCUUUACUUGCCCCCAUUUUUUCUCUUUCUGUAUAUAGUUUCUGAAAAAUACUUUGUUACCAUGAAUGUUGUACAUCGCAAACCAUUCCAUUUGUUUUUUCGGGGGGAGAGUUAUGUUUAUGAACUCUUUAGUUUACAAAUUAUACUAUGGGAAUGUAUUCUUCGGAGUACAUUAACCUAUCCCUUCUUCUUUUUUUUUUUGUUACUAAAAAAACACUUUUGUUUCUCUUCG